AUGAUGGACAAGUCGAAAGUGGACUAUUCGCUGUAUUUGGUGACUGACUCGACUAUGUUGCCUCCAGGGGCCACUUUGGUUUCGCAGGUGAAUUCAGCGCUGGAAAAUGGGGUCACUUUGGUGCAGCUGCGUGAGAAAGAAACAGAUACGAAAACCUUUAUCGAGGAAGCUCUGAAAGUUCAAGAACUUUGUCGUCAGCACAAUGUUCCCUUGAUCAUCAAUGACCGUGUGGACGUUGCCCUUGCAAUUGAUGCUGAUGGUGUUCAUGUGGGUCAGGACGAUAUGCCAAUUGCUAUGGUUCGUAAAUUGCUUGGUCCUGACAAAAUCAUAGGAUGGAGCGUGGGUUACGAGCACGAAGUUCAAGAAUUGGCAGCCAUGGGACCACAAUACGUCGACUAUGUGGGGUUAGGAAUGAUUUUCCCCACGGAGACCAAAAAAAAUGCCAAAAAAUCUCCAAUGGGCCCAAGAGGAGUCUCCAAAUUGUUGGAUGCUAUGCAAGCAUCGAAUGCUACCUGGUGCAGAACGGUGGGUAUAGGUGGUCUGCAUCCCAACAACAUUUCCAGAGUUCUUUACCAAGUAUGCUCUGAAGAUGGGAAAAGAAGUCUGGACGGUAUUGCGGUAGUCAGUGACAUAAUGGCUUCAACGGAAGCCGGAGAAGCAGCAAAGCGGCUUCGCAGUAUCAUCGAUGCCCGCAGCUACUAUUUUGUAGAUGGUAUGGAUUCUGAAAUCUGCCUUUUCUCCUGGUGGUUACAGGAACGCAUCAAGUCCACUAAGCAAAACUCGCCCCUAAUCCAUCAUAUCACCAACAAAGUACAUCAAAAUUUUGGUGCCAACGUAGCAUUAGCACUGGGGUGCUCACCUAUAAUGUCUGAAGUUGAACCUGAAUUUACAGAGCUAUCCAAUAUGCCACAUGCCACCCUGCUCUUGAAUACUGGCUCAGUUGCUCCUUUGGAGACUUUGGUAAGUGCAGUGAGGGCAUACAAUGAAGCCAAAAGGCCUAUAGUGUUCGAUCCUGUUGGAUUCAGUGCCACUUCGGUCCGUUUGCAACUGAACAGACAUUUACUUGAAGAGGGGCAGUUCGCGUGCAUAAAAGGAAACGCUGGUGAGAUUUUAUCUCUAGCGGACAUGAAUGUGGGCAAGAUGAGGGGGGUAGACUCUGGACAUACCGGAUCUGAUAUUUCCAUUCUUGUGGCUGCCACCAAAAUCGUUGCUUUCAGGUACCGUUGUGUCGCUGUCUGUACCGGUCAAGUCGACGUUGUGGCCAACGGCCUGAAUUUUGGACAGUUCAAUUUGUCCACCGGGUCCGAUUCUAAUCCAUCUCAGCUUCCUGCUCGUAUUGUGGAAGCCGGUAAUAUCCCAGUUAUGGGCAAAAUCACCGCCAGUGGUUGCUCUCUCGGAACAACAAUUGCGUGCUUGAUAGGAGGUAUUACUGUUGAAGAAGACAUUUUCGGCGGCGUUCUAUUGGCGGUUCUUAUGUACAAGUCAGCUGGAUAUACUGCCUCGUUAAAAUGCAAAGGCAGCGGCAGUUUUCAAGCUCACCUGAUAGACGCUUUGGACAAUAUGUUAACGGAGAAUGAUCCUUCUACUUGGUUUGCAAAAACCUCUUCGAUUUGA